AUGAUUCAAAUUGAAUUCCCUGGUUUCAGUCUGUGUCUAAAUAAUGGCAAAUGCAUCGACCUUGUGAACGAUUACAAAUGUGACUGUCCUUACGGCUACACUGGUCGCAAUUGUCAAAUUUUCGUCGAUCUUGACAAAUUCAACGAUACUGAUAGGCAGGAACAAAAACGCUGCGAACUGUCCAACUGCGGCUCGAAAGGUGGUGACGGUGUAUGCGACGCCGAGUGCAACUAUUUCGCUUGCGGCUUCGAUGCUGGCGAUUGCUCAGCCAAAGGCGUUCCCUUCAGUAAAUGUGCUUCGGCCAGCUAUUGCUCCCACGUUUUCAAGGAUGGACAUUGCGAUUCAAUCUGCAACAACGAAGAGUGCCUGUUCGACGGCUUCGACUGUUCUCCCAGUCGUCGUGACUGCCCAUCGACCAUUGUGGAUUACUGUCGCGCUCAUGGUCAUGACGGUUUCUGUGACGAACAGUGCAAUUCACCAGAAUGCGACUUUGAUGGUGGCGACUGUGCAGGAAGGAAGCCGCCUGCCCUCCUUCCUGGAGACAUUUCUAUCGUGGUGCUUACUACUCCAGAGGAAUUCGUGAAGAACGUCGGCUUAUUUCUUCUCACAUUGAGCCAGAAAUUACGAGCUUCAAUUCGAAUGAAAAGUGAUGAAGUUGGACCACUUGUGUUUUACUGGAAUGGACGUCCAUCUUCCAGACGAGUCGUGUUCAAGGGUGAUCAGAACUUAUCGAUCAGUUACGGAGGAGAAAUUCGGAUCAAACGAGCCUAUCCGGAUGUAGGCGUUCUUGUAUGGAUCGAAGUGGAUGUUGCUGAAUGCUAUGGUGAAUGCUUCACUGAUGUUGACAUAGUGGCCAACUACUUGGGAGCUGCGAAUGCCAAAAAGGAUCUAGCCGAUAUGGGAAUGCCAAUCUAUGAGGCAAUUGCUCGUCACAAAACUACUGACGACGUGACAAUCUCCUAUUCUGAUGGCUAUUGGUCCUUCAUUAUUGGCUGUUUGGCCAUUCUUAUAGUGGUUGUUACCGUAUUUGUCCUGCAACAGCGUACUCGAAAGCGUCGAACUAUCAAAGCGCCGUGUUGGAUCCCACCAACCGAAGCACAACACAAACUGUCUUCCAUGUCUCAAAGCGAGCAGAUGCUUCGGUCGAGCUUUUUCACUGACGACCUUUUUCCUUCGAAAAGGCCUCGCAUAGAAAACCUGAAUUACUAUAAAGUAUGCGAAUAUGCGAAUCCGGUAAAGAAGGGCCCACCACGUAUAACAACGCUGCAUAAGCAGGCGUCAUCAAAUAUACCGAUUCAAGUUGAAGGGGUAAAUGUAAACGUCAAGGGCCCUUUUGGAAGAACUGCUCUAAUGAUGUUAUGCGACAACUUCGAGAAGCCUGAAAGUCAGCUCAUUGAGGAGGUGGACAAAAUAUGGGCGGCUGGUGGAGAUCUGAACGUACAAGACGACGAUGAGGAAACUGCGAUUUUCAUUGCGGUACGACAAGGUCGAUUAGGUUUGGUGAAGAAGCUGCUUGACAUGGGUGCUGAUCCGACGAUCAUGAAUGACAAUGACUCUACUUGUCUUCAUGAAGCUGCAGCAAACUGUAACCUAAGCCUGGUUGAAGAGCUCCUCAGACAUAACUCCGUAGUGAAGGAGGAUCGCACACCUUACAAGAUAGCGGAAGAGAAUGAGUUCCGACAUCUACUAGAACUUUUGGAUCCUGAUGUGAAGAAAAGCAGUGUUCUUCUGCACAUAAUGGCUAAUGGGAACGGGAAGAAUAACGUGAAAAACAGUUCCCGCCAAGUCAAGCGUAUACCUGUGAAGCGUCGACCACAACCUCUCACUCCUCCGCAUUCCGACGGAUGUGGUUCAACACCUUCACCUCGAGCUGCAUUUGGUGCUCCAUCGAGACCAAUCGCUUCUGUCUUGGAUUCCCCGUCAAGUGACCGUACAAGCAACGGUAACGAUGAAUCCUCACCUAACUCCCUGCCGUUGGCACUUCAUUCGUACUGGACGUCAGAUGUUUCACAUAAUUCACCACCAUACGAGACAACUGAGCUGGGAAUUUGCUCAUAUUACAACAACUAUUCGAUAUCGAAUUCCACAUACGCAUCACAGACCCUUGCCGAUGUCCCAUAUUCUUCAUGUCAACAUUCUGAACGAUCCGCAUAUUACAGCAAACAGGUGUAA